AUGGAGUGGAAUACACUUUCCGUGCCGGCGAAACAAUUUAUUUUGGGAUAUCUGAAAUACUCGGAAAGGUACGUACAAUUCCCUUGUCAAUCUGAACGGGCUCCUUGCAGAUGCAAUCUCAAGCUGUGCUCCAGAAGCGACAGAGCUCUCGUGGACUCUACGAAAUACGUGGCAGACUGUAUUUCGAUUGAAGAACAGAGGGACGGAGGAAAUGUGAGUGAAAUUAUCGGAAACUACGGAAAAGAGGAUGGUUUUUAUCAGAGUCGGCUAAUUUUGAGUUUCGAAGAUUAUACCAUCAAAUUGACAGAAGAAGAUAAUGUAAUAAAGAUAGAGCGAACGGGGGAAAUGGAGAGUGUGAACGGCAACAAAUACGACGCGGCACGGAGAAUUCUGGAACGAAUGAGUGACCGAGGAACCAUUGCAGCAAGGGAAAUCCUCGUGCGGAAUGUCUGUGUCACCCCGUGCUUCAUUCAAAUUUCCCGUGUUCCAGACGUCCCUGAAGCCAAGUGAGCACUGGAUUCUGAAAUGCGAACGGCUGGAGAUCAGGAUGGUCGGGGAGGAGAGACAAAAGUGUUGGCUGCAGAAAACGAUUCCGAACUUGAAGAAACUGAAACUGAUCGAAUGGGGAAUCGAGGGAAUUUUAGAUCUGCCACAAGUACAGCACACCUCUGAAUCCGUUCAUUUCUCAAGAGAUGUCAAUAUCAGCGAUGAGCAGUUGAGCAGAAUUUCAGCCCCAUCCGUUCAUAUUAUUUCGAAAGACACAAUCAGCGGAAUGGGGGCGAAGAAGGCAUUCAAGGCAAGUGAACUCUUGAAACGAAACGAAAUGAAUGAAUUCAGAAGUACGUGGAACAAGGACGUCCGGGCGAUGGAUUCCAGCUGAGGUUUGCCUCGGGAAAUGGGUUCCGUCACGAAGAAAUGUUCGAGAAGCAAUGGAAUGUCGAGAAGGUGGAGUGUUUGGAUCCGACGAACGGGGAAUACCUGUAUGCCAUCUGAAAGUCCGUCUACUUAUCCAUUCCCCCAUCAUUUUCAGCUAUCUCAUCAAUGGUGGAUUCUCAAAUUUCCACGGAGUCACGAAGAUCUCCCGCGUGAUUGUUCACGAAUUCUCCACUCAUUUCGUAUUCAAAGAAUUCAGCUGCUAA